AUGGCUCCUGUUGAAGUUUCUAAUGUGUUUGACACCAUUUUGGUGUUGGACUUUGGUUCCCAAUACUCUCACUUGAUUACCAGAAGAUUGAGAGAAUUCAAUGUUUACGCUGAGAUGUUACCAUGCACCCAAAAGAUUGCUGAUUUGGGCUGGACUCCAAAGGGUGUGAUUCUUUCCGGUGGGCCAUACUCUGUUUAUGAGAAGGAUGCUCCUCACGUAGACAAGGCUGUUUUUGACUUGAACGUUCCAGUGCUAGGUAUCUGUUACGGUUUGCAAGAAAUUGCAUGGAUCAACAACACCGAGGUUGGUCGUGGUGAGAAGAGAGAGUACGGUCCUUCCACCUUGCACGUUCAAGACAAGCAAUGCCCAUUGUUUGCUAACGUUGACAACUCUACCGUGUGGAUGUCCCACCACGAUAAGUUGCACGGUUUGCCAACUGGCUUCAAGAUCACUGCUACUUCUGACAACUCUCCAUUCUGCGGUAUUGCUCACGAAGAAAAGCCAAUCUACGGUAUUCAAUUCCACCCAGAAGUUACUCACUCUACUCAAGGUAAGACUCUAUUGAGAAACUUCGCCGUUGACAUCUGUAAGGCUAGUCAGAGCUGGAAUAUGGAAAACUUCAUUGACACUGAAAUUCAAAGAAUCAGAGACUUGGUUGGUCCUGAAGCCGAAGUUAUUGGUGCUGUUUCCGGUGGUGUCGAUUCUACCGUCGCUGCUAAAUUGAUGGACAGAGCCAUUGGUGACAGAUUCCACGCUAUCAUGGUUGACAACGGUGUCUUGAGAUUGAACGAAGCUGCUACCGUCAAGAAGACUUUGGGUGAAGGUUUGGGUAUCAACUUGACCGUCGUUGACGCCGCAGACGAGUUUUUGGACAAGUUGAAGGGUGUCACUGACCCAGAAAAGAAGAGAAAGAUCAUUGGUAACACCUUCAUCCAUGUUUUCGAAAGAGAAGCUCUAAAGAUCAAGCCAAAGUCUGGUAAAGAAAUUGAAUUUUUGUUACAAGGUACUUUAUACCCUGAUGUCAUCGAAUCCAUCUCUUUCAAGGGUCCUUCUCAAACCAUCAAGACUCACCACAACGUCGGUGGUCUUUUGGAAAACAUGAAAUUGAAGUUGAUUGAGCCAUUGAGAGAAUUGUUCAAGGAUGAAGUCAGAGAAUUGGGUGAAUUAUUGGGAAUUCCCCAUGAUUUGGUUUGGAGACAUCCUUUCCCAGGUCCAGGUAUUGCUAUCCGUGUCCUAGGUGAAGUCACCAGAGAACAAGUUGCUAUCGCAAGAAAGGCCGAUUACAUCUAUAUUGAAGAAAUUAGAAAAGCUGGCCUAUAUAACAAAAUUUCUCAAGCAUUCGCUUGUUUGCUACCUGUUAAAUCUGUUGGUGUCAUGGGUGAUCAAAGAACCUAUGAGCAAGUCAUUGCUUUGAGAGCCAUUGAAACUACUGAUUUCAUGACUGCUGAUUGGUUCCCAUUCGAGCAUUCAUUCUUAAAGAAUGUCGCUUCAAGAAUCGUCAACGAAGUCGACGGUGUCGCCAGAGUCACUUACGAUAUCACUUCUAAGCCUCCAGCUACUGUUGAAUGGGAAUGA